ACGCAGUAGCAUUGUGGAGGGAGUAGUCUCAGAAUCUCAAAAAGAAAAGAAAGAUGCCUACAUAGGAAGCGACUACGAAAGUAAAGAAGGGGCAAGGAUUUUGAGGAUACUUGAGAGAGCUGCAGAACCAGAACUUCUGAUGGCGGAGAUGACUUCAGAGCAGUUGAAUUUAUUUUCAUCCUAUCAAGCAAAGUUGGAGUCAUUGCGGCAGUCGGACCUGCAGAAAUCUCUUGAAAAAGCUCUGCAAGCUGCUGGACUUGCUGAAAGAGACGUCACUCCGUUUAUGCGAGUUAGAGUUGUUGGAUUGACUAGCCGAAGUACACCAAUGAAGUGCUGUCCAAAGGAAGGCUUAAUUACAAUAUGGAAUCCUACUGAGAAACAGCAAUGUGAGCUUGCAGAGGGUCAAGCUUUUACUGUAAAAGGGCUUACACCGAUAAGCUCGGACUCUAGCACCCUUUACUUGCAAGCGAAAGGGUCCACAGCCAAAUGGGUGCCUUUGUCUCCUGAGGCAAUCGAGCAUUUUGAGGCCUUUUUCUGUCCUCGCCAAUCAAUUUCAUUGAGUAAAUUGGGUGAAGUUCCUAUGUCCAGGGAAUUUGACAUUGCUGUGGUGGUUGUUUUUGUGGGGCAGCUGUAUAAAGAAGCUCAUCAAAUGAAACAGUGGGUAUUUGUAACUGAUGGAUCCACAGUUAUGUUGAAUUCCAACGAUGAAUCAGAAACCUUGGUGGCCAUCAGUUUCACCGCACCAUGCGUAGGAACUGAUUCAUUUGCACCAAUAAACUCUAACCUUGUAGGAUCUACGGUUUGUUUCUGUAAUCUCAUCAAGAGAGCAAGAGAUAAUAUUAAUAACCUCUGGGUAGCUGAAGCAACUGAAAAUUCAACCUAUUAUUUAAAUUAUGAUAAUUCACAUUGUUCUCAUCUAAAAGAUGCUGGUGCUUCUGCUGAAAGAUGGGCAAAAAUAUCUGGCUUGAGACUUGAAAAGCUUAGGGGAAGAGUUCUAUCUAUAAUUAGUUGAGUGUGGAACUUAAGCAGGGAAAAAGCUGGUAAUAAUUUUGUCACUCCAGCUAAAGAAGACGAUUGAGAUGCACACAUUUAAGGGUUGCACAUAUAUAGUGAGACCUAUUUAUAUAUCCCAGCCAUCUUUGAUCUGCAAGUUGAUGCAUUGCGGCGAUAUCAGUCGGCAAAAUGAUCCUGCCAACAUUAAGCGUUUGCUGUGGCUGAGUGGGAGUCCAUGGGUUGCUGUCGCUAGAACAAACUGUGCUAAUGUUUAAUCAAGUUGUCUUCAACAGUUUACAUAUUGUUGGUUUUGGUUUCGUCAUCUUAGCAUCAAUCUCUCUCCACAUUUUAUGUGUUUAGACCCCAAUUUGAUGGUUUUGAGGGCCUUAUUAUAGAACUAGCUAUAUUUCCAAUCAUGAAUUUGUGUUCCUUAGCCCAAGAGGUCAUAUGAGAUGUAGUGUGGAUGACAGAGGUGGAUCAAGAAUUUUGAGGUUUUGAAUUGCCAUACGGCCAAUAUCCUUCGUA